AUGGCGCUAGGUUGGUCGUUGCGCGCCACCCCUUUGAUUUCCCUCGACUUAUCAGAAAUUCACAGCUGUCCUCUAAGCAAUAAGACCCCAUCUGAUGUUGAAAAAGGGGGCUUCACGCAAACAGUGGCCGAGGAUGACUCACUGAUCAUGGUGGGCUGGGACGGCCCAAAUGAUCCUUUAAAUCCUGCCAAUGCGAGCGUCGGACGGAAACUCUUCAUGACCUUUCUAGUUUCUUUGAUUGCAAUCUCUGUGACAGCAGCUUCUGCAAUUGACGCUAGUGGUGUGCUCCAGUACAGUGAGUACUUUAAUGUAUCCGAAGUGGCUGGCUCUCUGGCGACCGGACUUUUCCUGGUUGGCUUUGGCGCUGGUUCUCUUCUUUCGGGUCCAUUCUCCGAGACCUUUGGCAGAAAUGUAGUGUACCUGAUCACUAUGCUUCUGUUCUUGAUUUUCAUCAUGGCCUCCGCGCUUGCUCCAACCCUCCACAGCCACCUUAUUUUCCGCUUUUUUGCUGGAUUCUUUGGCUCAACCCCGCUCAGCUGCGCUGGAGGAACGGUGGCCGACCUCUGGGACCCAGCACAGAAAGCAUAUGCUUUCCCAGCCUACGCAAUUCCAGCAUUUGCAGGACCAAUGAUCGGUCAAAUUAUUGGCAGCUACAUCCCAACAACUCUCGGAUGGCGCUGGCUAGAAUGGAUCAUGCUCAUCAUGGGAGGGGCUAUCCUAAUGGUUGUUAUUCUGCUCCAGCCCGAGACAUACGGAAAUCUUCUUCUGCACUGGAAAGCGAAGAUUCUGCGACAGGAAACCGGCAAUCAGAGAUACCGAGCGCCAAUGGAGAUGAAGCGUGAGAGCCUAGGACGCAGACUUUUGAUUUCUAUCUACCGGCCAUUCCUCUUGUUUUACUCUGAGUUGAUUCUGAUCUUGAUGUCGCUGUAUCUGACAGUGGUUUAUAUUGUCCUCUUCACCUUUCUUGAGGGUUAUACAUUCAUUUUCACGGAUACAUACGGAGUGUCACAAGGGAUUACCAGUGUUACCUGGGCAGGCAUGCUGUGUGGUAUCCUUCUAGUGAGUUGUAUAGUCCCGGUCGUAUACUCCUGGACGGCAAAGGAGUACCAAAAGACUUCUGUCAUUGCGCCUGAGACACGGCUUUGGUACGCUAUGCUUGGAGGCGCUCCAGCAGUACCAAUUAGUCUCUUCUGGAUGGGAUGGACUUGUAAUCCAAUCAUUUCGAUAUGGUCCCCUCUCAUUGCUUCGGCCCUUUUUGGAUAUGGCAUCACUACCAUUUUCAUCGUCGCGUAUAUGUACAUCAUAGACUCUUAUGGGGUGUACUCUGCAUCCGCGUUAGGCUUUCUUGUGUUCACCAGAUACGUUGUGGCAGGAGGCGUUACAGUGGCGGGUACCCCAAUCUACCGCGCGAUUGGCGUCCAGUACACAUUGACGAUUUUGGGUUCGACCAGCGGGCUGAUGGCUUUCAUCCCGUACCUGCUCUUUUUCUACGGGCCCCAGAUCCGAAAAUACAGCAAGUAUGCUGUCAAUACCGACAAGAAGAAUGAUCCCUGUUAA